AAUCGGAAAAUAGAAAUGGCGGUGAAAUGUGGUGUGAAAGGUCCGUGAAUGUUUUGCAGGUUUUGACCUAAAAAUGGAUCAGUUUGGUACUCUUGAACUCGGGUAAGAAUCAUUUAUAUUUUCCUAGGACAUUGUGGUAAACUGUUUGCUCAUAAUGGGAAAAUCUGACGCUACAAUUGCUUGCAAAGGUCUUGCUACAUACUUCGCGCGCAGCUGAGUUACCUUAAACUUGACGGACCUUUAUAUCGAUCCAAAAUUGUUGUUUUUUACUUUAAAAUUGUCUGUUUUAGAUUGAACAGUUCAUCAUUAAAAUAAUUCAAAUAUAAUGCAGGAAAAAAACGAGUCACACGCCUUUAAAGAUGAAAAAUGUAUAAGAUCACAUGUGAAAUGCAUUAUGUCCCAGCUGAUCAAAAACGUCCACAAGAUAAUUCUAGUGGAUAGUGUUUACCAGCUGCGAAAUCGAUCUGGAUUGGCUGCUUUUAACCUGCAAGAACUCUUGUUCUUUUGUAUUAUGAAGCUGACGUUAAGAUUGAGGACUUAUGAAAGUAUUUAACUACGGUCUUACUACAAAAUCGGAUGACGUUCCCUGAAGACUGGCUACUCGAACUUAAUUCUUGGUUCGACCCAAAUAAGAUAGUAGGACAUACAGUGGUGUUGAUUCAAAUGUCUAUCUUUUCAUGUACUUAACUGAAGAAAUUUUGCUUGUUACAUGAAAAGUUAAACAUUUUAACUGUGCCUUACCCAUUGAAAACAUAUUUGACAUGGUAAAAUAUAAUUUUGCACAAGCCUGUCCUAAACAGGGUGUGUAAUUUUGUGCGAGUCUGUCCUAAUUAUAAAUUGGGUGUUGCCUGCACGAUCAAUUUGAUUUGCUAGAUGAAAUUUCUUUGUACUCCAGUAUACAAACACAACGACUAUAAAACAAGACACCGUGCAUUUACUCCUUGUCCUAUACUGGGUAAUGUGUUGUCUUGAACAGGGUACAGUCAACUCUCUUUAAGACGGACACCUUUGGGACUGGCACUAAGUGUCCAUCUUAGAGAGGUGUCCGUCUUAUAGAGGUGUCCGUUAAGAGAGAGUCGACUGUAUUUAUGAUAGGAUUUUUUGUCCGAAACAGGGUCAGGGUUUCAAACUCUCAGCGGCUCACCCAUACCCAAAUAUUGGUCGAGUACCCCCUCCCACCUGCCCUUAGGUUCUCCAGGAAUUUGUCCCUUUCGUGAAGGUGGCUGCUUAAUAGAGGUUUGACUGUAUAAAGUCAUGUCUCAUUUUCUAAUUUCUCGUUGUUCCUCACCAGGUGGGCACAAGGAUAUGAUGGUUCACCAGCCUUAUUUGUUAACAGGGACACCAUCUGCUUUGUCUGCGGAAACAAUGUUAAGUUUAUAAAUACAAAAGAUAAGAAUGAAACAGUUAUUCCAAGUCCUGGUGAUGGAAUUGGUACUCUUGCUGUCAAUCCAUUGUAUAGUAGCUUUGCCUUUGCUGAGCUGAAAAGUGACCCCAAGUUGUUUGUUUAUGUUUAUCCUGACUUCUCAAGACCAAGAGCAACCCUAGAAGGUGAGUUCUUGCUUUCAAUUCAGUGAAAGGUAUGUUACACAAAUGUCGCCAGACUGUUACUUGUAUCUGCUUUUUAACAGAGAAAUCUGUUACCAUAAACUGACACUUAUAAGCCCUCCCCCCCCAGUUAUAGGCCCAUCUACUUGUGUACCUGUAAACAACAGCAACAAGUUUAUUCAGUAUUGCCAUUUCUAUAAAUGUUGUUACGGACUGAAAUACAAUUAUAAACAGAUAAAUUUAAGGAAAUACAGAUAUAAUUGAAUGGUAUAAAUGAAAAAUACAUCCAAUUAUAAUCCCCCUCAGAUAUAAGCCGCUCUAGAUAUAGCCUUCCUAAAACACCUUGAUACGAUGGUGUAUAAAUUCCUGGGCUUAUAAGUGGCAGAAUUCAACUUACUGGGUAUUAGCAUUUUGCAAGCCAUUCAACUACUGAACUAGGUGGAAGACUGGUUUAACCUGAGAAGAGAUUUUAUCCACAAAGUGUUUUGGCCUUUUUUAUUGUGCUCUGACUUCAAUUUUUCUCUGAACAGUGAAAUUUAAUUAAAUGAAUGCAUCAGGUCUUUAAAAUAAUAUUUUCACAUGCACUUACUGGACAGGGUACAUUUUUUUAAGACUGAAAUACUUAAUAUACUUUAUCAUAUCCUUGCUAGGUGGAGCAAGACUGAGUUAUACCUGCAUUGCUUUUGCAAACAACAGUACCAUCCUAGCUACACAUUCAGGCAUUCCUGACUUUCAGCUUACUAUCUGGUAUGUUUUAAUACUAAGGGGUGAUCAAUAGAUUUUGUAUUCCAAGAAUGAUAAUUGCCAGAAAUGAGUUUUAAGACCCUUGGUUUAAAAUCUAAUUAUAAUAUUGGACCAAGUGUUGUUGAUCAUUACCAGUGCACUGGACUUAGGUCCUCUCAGUGAACAGUAAUUUUUGCAGAAAUUCAAUGUCAAAGUUUGCAGAAUUUUAUGGUAAUAAAAGUCCAAUUUCCAAACCUUCUCCUAAGGAUUUCCUUUGUUUUUAAAAGGUGAAAUAAACAUGUUAAAUUUUUAUCAAAACUUUCAGGAACUGGUUUGAUAAGGUGAAAUUAUGUUCUGUCGAUGUUGGAAGACAGCUGUGUUCUGGACUGUCAUUCAGUCCAACAAACUGGCGUCAGCUAUGCACCUUGUCAAAUGAUGUACUCACUCUUUGGAAUGUGGGUCAACUGAACAGAAAAUAUGCCUUAAUGUCAAGGUGAGUAAUUUCUAAAUUUAUUGUUCUUUCCACAUCAAAGCUGUCUCUGUCAAGCUCACUUAAUAUCCCGUUUCACUUUGGAGCUAAGUUGACAUUAACCUGAGAAAACAGCCAACAUUUUAUGGUAAAAGCACACAAAUUCCAUACUGAUAAGGCAAGGGAAAUUUGCUUCAACCGAUCAGAACACUACCUUAAUCUGGGUAGUGACACGUCAUCAGUAUGGAAUUUCUGCGGUCGUUCCUCAGAAGUCAUUUAGCAGAGAAACUGGUGAUGGUAUCAGGAAAUAUUGGCUGUUUUCGCAAGCUACAACUUGUCAUGUGACAAGACUGUUGAGAUAGUUUGUAAAUCACCUCAGAGUUCAUUAUGAAAAGUAUAAGAAUGUUGGAACAAUUUAGGUUUCUGGGAAACUGGUUACCUACCCCUCCCCUAAGCCACUAUUUUGUCCUAAGUGAGAAGUAAGUGAUAAUGUUGGCUUAGGAAAGGGGUGGGUGGGCAGUUUCCCAAAAUUCUAAAUUGAUCCAAAAUGUUAAAGGUGAUACACAGAAGAUGAAACCAAGAUCACUGCAGUAAGAUCAUGGAAGAGUAGCUAAUGAGCUACUGCUAAUAAGAAGCAAUAAAGACGCAGCUAAGUUUUGCUAAUUUUUACUCCCUGUUUCAGUUCUAUAAGGCUACCACCAAUUGAUGGCAGUCCAGAUGAUGAUGAGUUUGAGGACUUAGAUCAUUCUGUAAGUCGAAUGAGUCAUCCAGAAGGAUAUAGGAUAACAAAAGCUGCUAUUGCUGGGUUAGUUGGUGAGACAGCCAAAGGAUAUGAACCAGGUUAGAGAAGACUUUUGUAACAUUUUAAGGUAAUAACAAUAAUGGCGAGUGUUGUUGUUCAUGAAGUAUUUUCUUUUUGCGUGAGUGCUGUAAAAAAAUUAUCCAACACCACAUACAUACAUUAUGUAGCUGUGAGCCUGUAUUAUUGGUCAUUUUGUCAGUGAGUGCCCCAUUCUGAUACCUGUCAAUCGGCCAUGGUGUGGAUGGUGUAUACCACUUCAUAAGCGAGUGAUAGCAUCGUCUUCUUUCAUGUAUUUAAAUAUGUCAUAACUUGUCUGGGUAAGUUUGUCAUUGAUAACAUAUUGGUUUUCCUGUGUGCAGAUGGAUACUCAUAGAUACCAGAUCUUCUUAGCAACACCUCAACCAUCAGGCUGAUUCUGUGCAUGCUUAACUGCCUUACUGUAUAUGUAUUUACUAGAAUAAGCGCUGCGGCACUUGUUAAAUAAGGGCGGCGCUUAUUUGAAAGUUGGGCGUGACAAAGAAUUGUUUUAGCUAUGAUAUUAUUUCCUAUAUUUAAACUAAGAGAAUGAACGUCCUUUGAUUUUGAUAUGCAGGGAUGCAGUGCUUAAAUGGGGUUGGUGCUUAUUAACAUUUUUCUCCCAAAAGUUGCGCUUAUUUGAGGGAGGCACUUAAUCAAGGGUGAUGCUUAUUCAAGUAAAUGCAAUGAAAUUUUUUUAUAUUUUUUAGGUGAGAAGAAGGAGAGAUGUCAGCCAGUAAGUCACAGCUGGACCCCAGAUAGUAGGUUGUACUGUGGCUGUAAAGGAGGCCAAGUUAUCAGCAUUGAUGCCGAGACCAAUCAUGUUACCAUGGUUCUCAAUCCAAGAUUCCAAGAAUCAGGGCGGGACAGAACAGAAACUUUAUCAUUACUAAGGAAGGGAACUAUGGAAUCCAUAGCAGAAAUGGAUGAAGUAAAAGGUAUUUCUCGUUCUCUUCGAAUGGUCCUUUCCUUAGAAUAGAUAUUCAAUAUAUAUGUAUGCAUAAUCUUGUAACAGAAGAACUGAAUGCAUAACUGUCUCUGAAAGCCAUUAAUGAGCUAUUGAUAUUCCUGUGUAAAUAAGCACUGGUCAACAAGCAAUAAGUUUAAGUGAUGAGACUUAUAAAGAGAAGACUUUUAAGACUUAUAGAGAACAAGAUUUCCUUGCUUUCUUAACACUUACCACUUAGUGGUGUGUGUUAAGAAAGCAACUACAGUAGAUCCAGUUCUCUAAUGAUGUAUUUUUUGGUACACGCCAGUGAAGAUACAAUGUGCAGUUCAAGCUUGUACUAAAUGUGAACAGAGAAAACUUGGAGUUUGAUUUGCAGAAGAUACAUCCACACUAUGAGAUAAAUUAACACUCUUUUGAUAUUAAUUUUUAAUUGAACAUGUUACAUGCAGAUGAAGCUGCUGAUAAUGAAGAGAAGCCAAAGACAGCUGACGUGGUAGAUGUAGGCCCAGGCUCAGUAGACUGUCUAGCCCUACAUAAGAAAGGCCUGUAUGUUGCUGGCCAGGUAAGCUGUUACCCUGUUCAUCUCAGGGCCAUUUUAAACAGUCUUUUGGGUUGAAACCUCAUUGGUGACUGUCUACAGUGGACCCCAUUCCUUUUUUUGGACAUAUCAAAUAAUUAUUAUUAGGUAUUUUCCAAAGAAAUGGAUUACCGCGUAUGUGAAGUAUGUUUUGUGCCAUCAAAAUCACAUCAUUAUACCAAAAGAAUUCUAAAGUGAAACAAAAUCUUUGCUGUUCUGUGGUUGUAAACACCAAUGUUGAGUUUCAAUCAGAUACUUUUGUUGUUGUUCCUUUAGGUUUUUGUAAGUGACCUGCAAAGGUUUUGCAUUUGAAAACAAGUUUUUUUCUUAGAAGUGUACCAUAAUGACCAGCUACUCUGGCUAAUAAAAAUGAUUAUUAUAUUAACUGUGAAGUAUUAUCAUUAUAAGGAUCCUUAUAAGAUCAUUAUAAGGCUACAAUAGUACGCGCACUCUUGGUUUUAAUUGAUUGCAGGUUUAGGUCCAAAAUUUCUCAUUGUCAAAGAAACUGUGUCUUGUGGUUUCGAUCGUAUCGCCAGGUUCAUCUCGGUUCAAUGAAAGUGACUCUGAAUGACCUCUUACAUGCAGAUUCAGCAGAUGUUGAAAAUUACUUCUGGUGUUUUCUAUUUUAUUCAUUUUAAGAAUAGUGCUAAACAGGCCAUAUAAUAUAUCAUAUAAUAAAUAACUUAUUAACUUCGUCCGUUCGCUCAUUUCAGGGAAAUCUCAGACCUCGGCCUUGAUGUAUUUACCUCACUAUCGAUUGGUCAAUACAGCAUCAAGGCCUCGGUCUGAGAUUUCCCUGUAAUGACCGCACUCUCAGUUAAUAAGUAGUAUAUAAUGUCCAAGUUCUCCUCGCGAGAAGUAGGCAUUUACAAUGCUCAAAUCGCUGACCCGUGAUAUUAGGUAGUCUUAUGGGAGUCAGGCUUUCUGAGCUAGGGUCAGCUCGGGUUGUUUCAUGCACAAUAACUUUUCUGUCAUGUAUAAACCUACCUGUAGUUAAUUUAGCAAAGCUCACUUCCUUUCAUUACUGAUGAGUUCAUUACAUUGUGACUUUUAGAAUGGUUUGUUGAGGUGUUUGGAUGUUUCUUCCUCCGAGCUUAAAAUUGUGGAGCAGAUCGACGUUGGUUGUGCUGUGUCAAGUCUCAUGUGGUCUCCCAACUACCGAACCAUGGCUCUUGGCAGCCCCAAGGUAAUGUAAAUAACUGGUCCAUGUAUAGUUGUGAUGUAGUAACCUUUUUUACCAUUGGACUUAACAGUCUGGUGUUCCAGCCCUGUGUCAAGUUACAUUACCUGUUAAAGGUGUUCACGGUAUUAUUACUUUGACAUUAGAGAAGUUAAAUAAGCAUCACGUUUAAGUCAAACGGCAAACUCGAAUUUGUACCUCGUGACCAAGUUUCCCCUUUGCUUGCCACCUACUUUUCAUUAUUUCUACACAUAAGUUAGUAGUUUCAGGCAAUUUUUUAUCCAUAAGAAUUUUCUGAGCUGUUCUUAUCCGCUCAUUUUCUAUUUUGAGAAAUUCUUAACUCAAAUCUGACGUUUGUCGUUUGCCGUAUACGUGAAGAUUUAACUCUCUAGUAAUUAUGUACAGUGGAACUUCGAUAUAACGAACCUCGAUAUGACGAUGCCCUUGAUAUAACGAACGAUUUUCUUUACCCCAGUAAUAGUAAAAUAUAAUAAAAAGAACCUCGUUAUUGCGGACAAAUUUUUCCAAUCCCUUGGCCCUUCGUUAUAUCGAGGUUUCACCGUAUAUGGUUUUUGCAUUUAAUCCUGUAUGUUUUCAUGUGUGAAUGGUACUUGUUUUCAGUUUAUAGUUGCUAUCAUUACUCACAAAUUCAGCUUUAUUUGUAAUAAAGAUGAAAUUAUUGACUAGAGGUGUUUUUAAUUCUUUUUUUUUUCUCAGGGAUGUGUUUAUCUGUAUGAUUCUGAAGGAUCUAUUGCAGAGUUGUUAGAUAUUCACAAUGCAGACUUUGUUGGCAUUGACUGUUUGACAGCUGGGACCCAAUACUGUGUGGUAAGAGAAUGGAUCUGUCACCCCACGUAAGAUCAUUCAAGACAGUCUUGGAUUCUGGAUUCCAAGCUGUGGAUUCCAGAUUCCAGGGUUCACAUUCCUUCACAUGCCAACCUCCGGGGAUCUAAAAUCCGGAGACUCUCUAUUUUGCACUACAUCCACCUCGCCAAAUGUCAACAGCCCCAACACCUCCCACCCCCACCCACAAAUUAACCAAGCCACCAUGGCUUAGGAUAUUAUAUGAGGUCUUACAUGAAGUACAUGCUAUCAAAAUACGUGCAAAAAAAGUACCAGAAACCGUACUAUGAGUAAAAAAGUUCAAAUUUUGAGGGAAAAAAUGGGCUAAAUUUCAAACUAAAACAUAGAAAAGCUCAAAAGUCUCUUUUAUGCGGGAGAUUUGGUGACCCGUAUGGGAGAGCGGAGGGUCAAUGCUGUAUCCGGGAGAGUUGCCUUAUAUGUUCCUUGUGAGUGGAACGUAGAUUCUCGAUUCCAUUCGUUGGGGGGAUUCAGCAUUUCUAGGGCUGAAUUCUGGAUUCCAAAGCUCAGUAUUCCUGAUUCGGCAAGAAAAACUGUUUUGGAUUCUGGAUUCCGUGAGCAAAAAUUUCCUGUAAUCCAAAUUCAGAUUACAUUACAUGGGGCGAGCCCUUCCCUAAACAUUGAAAGGUGCUAUAUUUAAUUGCCAAGAAGUGUCACAUCAGUUGAGAAUCAUUUGUUUUAAAACAAUUUUAAUCUACUGUUUUCCAGAGUUGCAGAUCCGAUGGCCUCUUGCAGGUGUGGGACAUACAAACCAGCAGCUUAGUAAGCAAAAUCGAUUUGGACUGUCAGGUAAUUAAAUAGACUUCUAUUGUGGAAACUCUGAGACCAAUUUUCUGUCUGUAUAUGCUGUAGUUGAAUGCAGGUUAAGUGGAUAAAUCUAGUUUGAUUCUCAACGUUAUUCAUUCACAACCUUUUUUCCUAGCUUGCUCACUAAGACUGCGGUCAAAUUGUACCGAACGAAUUUUCGACCGGCUAAGAAAAAUUGACUGGACAUUUUGUUCAUACAGUUCUACAGUUCAAUAUUUUUGCCCUGUUCACAGGGAACUGACAAACCAGGUUGAAUUUCAACUUUUUUCAGUUGUUUUUUCAUCUGCCAACGUGCAAAGCGCUGCUUUAGCAAAUCCAAAAAGGCGUCUCCCAGCUGAGGUCCCGUCCAUCCAUUCAACCACGCGUUUGCCGUACAAAAAUGUUGAUGGUCAAGGCGUUCACACCUGGCCUGUCAAAUUUUUGACCGUAUCGGCGUAAAAUUUUGCCUCGAUUUUCCUAACGGCUCGGCGUCUAAAUUUUCGUACCGUUAGCGUGGUUCGGUGUGAACACCCAAAUUUUCAAGUGGACGAAACUUCGUCCGGUACCCUUUGAGCGUAGCCUUAGGUGGAGUUGGAGCGAUUUUCGUAUUACCUUGAAAAAUGGUUUCGGUAAGUGUUCGUUUUAUUUGUUUUAUCAGCCAAUGGAUGAAGAGAUCAAAACAUUCAUGGACUCUUCGUUCUCCGGCCAAAGAAAACCCUAAUAUGGAGUAGGCCUUGUUCGAUUGGCCAAUCGUGUUACAGUAUGACGUCAAAGCGAAGUAUCAGUUGAUUUCUAGAAAGUUCUCGGGCAUGAAGUUUUUUCACCUGAGCGUUCGCUAAAUCAAUCAAAUCGCUCUAUUUCCGUUCGUUUGUUGUUUCUGUUUUGUUCGCACGUUUUUUCUUUAAGGUCAUACGAAAAUCGCUCUAUCAUCUUCCCUGUACAGGCCUCAUGUAUGCAGUGCAGUCCAUCCUCUAGUACAGUGGCUAUUGGAACUCUUACUGGCCAUAUCUACUUUGUUGAGAUCACUAAUGUGGAGAAGCCACGACUUAUUUACAGAAGUCACUUUCAUAAUGGACCAGUGUUACAACUAAGGUGCGCUGUAUAUGUUCAUCCUAUGUGAUAUCAUUACCUGAAAAUGCUUCAUUGGCAGUUCGGGAUGAUUUGAUUUGCAACCCAUGACCAAAAAAAGGCACCUAAGAAAUGCAUGUAGUUAUAAUUGGUUAAUAAAUGCAGACGGCAGAAGAAUUUUGGCACCUUGACUGCGAUAUUUCUCGCUGAAAUCACCAUUUCGUAGACGCGCGAUUUUGGGUUGCACCCCCGUCGCCAGAUCUUUUCCGGCAAUAAAUUGGGCAAUAAAAUCACGAUAUUAUUCUUCGGUGAUGCCGGUAUGAAGCAGUUUUUUUUUUCUAAUCCAGUUUUUAGGCGUUGCACCAAGCGACUAGGAGUUAUUCAUUAGAGUGUUGGAUUUACUAGUAAAUGCAAAAUGCCGAGAGUAGUAUAGAACGCAUGUUCACACCCUCCUUUUGAGUAGGAAUCGCAUUAAUGUAGGUGUGUUCCUUCUCCAGUAAAUGAGUCGACUCUAGUAUCCCUCGCAGCCGUUUUUAGGGAGUUUUAGCAACGAUGACGGCGACAACAGCGAGACCGUCAAAACAGCAAUAGGUUUAUUAAGCAAAACAACAGGUUUGCACGUGCUUCACGCUCUUCUGUACAUUUCUUAGCCGUUACUGCACGACGACGACGUGAAAAUGCCUAAUUUCACGUUUUAUGGAGGACGUAAACAAGCGACGGCGAAAGUUUCUUUCUCUUUCUUAACUUGAAUGCGGUCUCCAAGAAAUCAACUCUAGAGAAAUUUGCCUACUUUAGACAUUUUCAGUGAAUUAGAAUAAACGCGAAACAGUUUGAAAAACGCCGAUUCAUUUUAAAAGUGAUGUUUUAGCUACCGUCGCGGUCGUCGAUGCUAAAACUCCCUUUUGUCUCGUCACACAACGCUCAUCCCUAAUUUAUGAGACUCAUCCCCUCAAAAAAGGUACAAAUCAUGCCACCCUAUACUACUAUCACAUGUUCUCGUCUUCUGGGGUUAUUGUAAAAACCGAUGCAAGGGCUAUAAAUUGAGUCUCCAAAGUAACCCCGGAGUCUUGUCCUCAGCAAAAAGCCUGUCGACAGUACAAGUGUUCUGAUUUUGUCUGCAACAUGUAUGCCACUUCGUCCUAUCGCUUUUUCUACUGUUGACCUUUGCUUGUAUCACGUUUUCAGUUACGACUGGAGUGGACAGAUGUUUGUCACUGGAUCAAAUGAUGGUCACGUGUUUGUGUGUGAUGCGAGAGUCAGUAACAACUUUAAAGUUCUCGGACAUUUAGGUCAGAACUGGUCUAUUGUUGACACCUUUCAGCUCUCUGUUCUACCCUCUACUACCCUCUACUCCCCGUCUCUGAUAGCUGAGUUCCCGAAACAAACCUAACUCCUUUGACAACUCCAAAUAUAUAGGUUUGACUGGUAUGUAAUUCGAGUCAAAAUACAACGAAGACCUCGAGCAACAUUCAUUAUUAUCGCCUGCGGCUUUGCGCUCAAACAAACACAAAAGUACAGAUGUAAUUACUAUGGCCAAUCACAACGUCCAGGCACAAACAAUCCAAUCAGCCAAUCAGAAACCGUAAAAAAAAAAAAAAACAAGAAAAGAGAGGUAAAAUGUGCGCACAUGUUGAAAUCGGUUUUGGUUUUUAUUCUGCUUCUUGGCUGAAGAGAGCUGCGCGAGAUUUUUAGCCAGUCACAAGACUUAAAGAUUGCACAAUAAAGGGAGAACACGAUCAAGGUGAAUCUAAACCAUAGGUUAAAAUCUUUUCCUUUUGGGUCGAAUGUUAUCUCGAGCCCCUAUUUUAUCAUGCCUCUUUCAAUUUAGGAACAUGAUAAAUGUAUUGAACCCGGGUGACAUUUCAUACGUAGGUGGAAUAUCUGGAAUAUGAUCGUCCAGGUGAAUGUAGUCCCAAAUAGGACUGUUGUUGACAGUGACUGACGUUUCGACAACCUGUACAAUCUGACUUUGCCGAAACGUCAGUCACUGUCAAACUGUCAAACCGCAUUCACCCAGUCGAUCAUAUUCCACUAACUUAUCCGUUUGGGAUGGAAAUAACUACUGGCUAUGAAAAUGUUACUUUUGACACUCGAUGGGAAACCGACAAAAUAAGCUUGCAGAGGGGAAGUGUACUUCUUUCCUUGAUACUGGGACUUGUCUACAGGGCACUGAUUGAAAAUUAUGCGUUAUUGUCAAUUGAAAUUGUUUUUGUUUGUUUUUCCUUCACAAAGAUUUACCAGGCACAGUAUGCUCAGUUGCCACAAUAAAUAGCCGUGAAAAGGAUUCCCAAGGCCCUUGGAAAAUUGCAGUGGCUUACCUUACAAGUGAAAAAAGCCCUUUAGCAACGAACCUUUUAGAAUUCGAAGUCACUAUGGAUAUUUUAAAUGGUAAGUUAAAUAUAUUUUGGCAAAGUGAACAUCUGUUCGAUUGAUCGUAUUUUUAGACUAAGAAUUCACAGAGAGCUUGUUCAAAAUCCUCCUUAUCUCUAUUUUGCCAUUACUAGAAUGCUAAAUACAUCUUGUAUGGAAGCCAGAUUUCAGAUGGUACGGUGUGCAUAGACUCUUAAAUAAUCGAUUUCUAUAGUUAAUUGUAUUUCAUCCUAUUCGGUCAAUAGCGCUAAGUUGAAUCUCACGGAAGAUGUUAUAAUCUCCCUUUAUACUCACCUUCCUACAGCUUUUAUGUAGCACGCACCAACCUGAAGAGCACCAGGCACGUGUUGUUGCUAUAGCAAUUGUGAAUUUACCCUGGCAAGAGAGAAUAUUGGGAUUGUUCUCUCUUGGCUCCCUGACUCUGAAGAUAACUUAAAAGUACGUUGUAGAUAUGGACACUUCAGGCACCGAAUGCCAAGCUUGCGGGCCAAAAAGGCUUCGUAGGCAUUGGCCAUUGUUAGGUCAGGGGUAGGGUGAAUUCUUCUAUUGGACUGCUUGGGGGACGUAAAAUACUUGUGUUAGCCAAUAAAACAAUCACUAGCGUUCCCUAAACAGUCCAAUAAGAGUAGUCGACACAACAACGAUCCAUUCUCAUGUACAACCUUAAACUGGAAAAUGGAAAGGGGCGACGUCAUGCUACUUGCGCUCUUUUUAAAAAGCUAAAACGUUUUUGGCAUCAAUUGAAUUCUAAAAAUAAUGGUCCAGCUUUGUUAUUUUAGACUAUAUUUAGGUAUUGAAACUGUUCCCUGUCGUCUGUUGCAACGGAUUGCAAGAAUGGACAUGGAUUGAAACUUGAAAAAGUUGGGUAAACUUUUUCAACUUUAAUACUAUGCCUCCAAAAAUCACCAAGAAAAUUAUUAUGGCUGGUUCUUCCUGAUAAAUUUUGUGUGAUAUCUUCUUUAUACUGUCUUCAUAACGCUACAAGAACAUUUUGUGUAUGGGUUACAGGCACUAAGUAACGACUUCAGAACAGAAUUGAUCUAAAACCGCAAUGUCCUCGUUACAUGGCCAGUUUUACGUGCCUAAAAAGGAACUGUCUUCUGAAUGAUUUCUGAUUGAUCAGGUGCACAGGAAGCUUUUCUGAAUAAGACGCUUCUGUACAGAGAUGAAGCAGUAAAAAAGGCCAUUCAUCAGCUUGCUGCUCCGUGUUACAGUCUGGUGCUCACAAGUCCACAGACUGCUCUAUCAGUGGCGCAUGCCAGAAAGGAGAUGGUCAAACUAGCACUUACAGGGGAGGGCAAGGUAAGUAGUAGCACCAAGAGAGGGGUAGAUGGGGCAAAACGUAAGGCUGUUAGAGGUGGGGAGGAGAGAAUUGAGAUAUCACAUGAGCACAGGCUAAAGCUGACAAGGUUGGGGUGGAUACGGUCGUACUCUCAAAGGACUAAGGCCCGGUUCAGACGCCGUACUUUUCAUGAGCCGAACCUAAUACAUUGAAUUAAGUACAUGAAAAGUUCGGCGUCUGGAUCAGUUAGGAACGCCUGUUUCAAUUUGGAACGGCUCACCCGUUCUUUUCGCCUAGCCCGGCCGGGAAUUUCGCCUUUCGAUCAACUUUGGAACGCCUUUGAUUCAGACGCCGAACUUUUCAUGUACCGAACCUAAUGCAUAACUUCUUAUAACGUAUUUUGUAAGCAGUUUGACCAAAAUGCGCAUUUUUCGCCUUCUGAAUUUAGUUCGGCUGGAAUUAAGAUCGGCGUCUGAAUCAAUUUAGCCGGUCUAAAUAAUUUGGGUCGGCCUUAAUUCGAAUUAGGUUCGGCUCAUGAAAAGUUCGGCGUCUGAACCGGGCCUAAAACUCCUAAAUGAGAUGAAAUAGUCCAUACUUUACGAUAAACCGUUUCUGGAGCACGGGGCGGAUAAAUUGACAAUACCCCGCUUUGCCGUAAAUACGGUUAGACUGCCUCUUACCCCAGAGACACAGCUAGGCUAGCGGGUUGGGCGAAGAAAUUUUGUUUCCCUUCAAAAUAAACAGCAAAUAAACACAUGGCAAUCAUGUUCUCCUACCCACACCUGUAGUCAGAAACAGUGUAUCUCAAAGUCUUUAAUACAACGACUACAGUCAAGGUUCUAUUUAGUGGUCUGCCAUUAAACGGCUUCCCACUAUUCAGCGGCAAGAUACCAAAAUCCUGGCGGAAGAAUUGUCAGUGAGUCACUCUGUGAAGGGUUCAGAGUUAACAAUUUAACAAUUUUGGGGAAUACCGUAUUUAUUCGAUUAAACGCCGCGGCGUUUAUUAAAUUUUCAGCGUUUCCUAUGCGGCGUCUAUUCGAGGGUGACGUUUACUUCGAAAUCACUUUUCUUAAAUCACUGACAACAGUUACUGGAAAUCGUUUGUAAAUAUUAUGUAAUAUAAAGGUCUUAAUGUCUCUCUUAUUUUGCUGAGACAGAAUCGUAAAUGUCUGAAUGGUGUAAAUUACCAAGUUGUACCGAUUUCUUUCUUAUCAUCCUAGAGUAGACGCCGCGGUCUUUCGAUUAGGUGCGGCGUUUAUUCGAGGGCAGCGUUUAAUGGUAAUUUUGCUUUCAUCUGCGGCGUUUAAUUGAACAAAUACGGUAGCACGGAAUAUGAGAAAUCGGUUUCUAAGGCUGCCAGUGUAUUUCUUUUUUUCCCGUCUUGUAUUGAGAUGAGACUCUCAACCCUCAGGUGGCUCCAUCGGACACCAAGCUGAAGCCAUCCGGUUCUUACCCAGGCCAUGAGUUGCAUGGUGGUCGCGUGACCUUAUCCCCUCAUUUAAGAUGGCUGGCUAGUUGUGCUGCCGAUGGCAAACUUCUCCUGAGAGCAGUGGGUGCACUGGUAAGAUUUGCUUCAUUUUCCUAUUUCCGGCCAAGGACAAUGUAACGCAACUGACGUAAGCCGACUUCCGGGGCUCAAUUUGCCGCACUGCCAUUGGUCAAGCCAGUUUUUAGAUCUGCGCGCUGUAGGAAGUUUAAGCAACGUCGUUUUUGAGCUACACACGUCAACCGGAAGUAGACGUUUUGUACUCUUCGGCCGUAAUUUUGAACAAAUUCUUGAACUAGUCGUCUCUUUAAGAGUAACGACACCUAGCAAUACAAACUUGAAAGCGUCAAGGCGUAUUAAAAGAGAAAAAGGCUCACUUCCGGUUAACGUACCUCGCUCAAAAGCGUCACUGCGUAAACUCCCUAGUAAUGUCGUCCUGUUGUCUCUGCUAAAUCAGCGAGGUGCCAAUAACCCGAAGUGAGCAACUUGUAUUCGUGUCACGGCGUUUUUACAGACCAGUUUAUUUUCGGAACGAUUUUGGCGCGAAUUUGGAAUAUCUGUGAACUCCCCCAAACCAGUAAGCAAAAAAAUGGAAUUUUUGACAUGUUAAUGACAUAUUUUUCCGUUUGAUGAUAUCUUAUACUUUGAAUGCGCUCUUAGAGGGACUCUUUCUUUCACUUUCUCAAGAAAAAUUGCACUAAAAUCUAUUUAAAAAUGAACCGGUCCAUUGACCGUGCGUACGGACAUUUUAUUUUUGGUUUUGCUUUUCGUUGUUGUUGUUAUUGUUUUUUGGUGAUCUCAAACGUGUCGUGCCAUUCAUUGUAGGACCGUACAUUGCGUGUGCCAGCGCAUCAUUACAAGCGGGGUGGAGCCACUCAUAUUUGCUUCACUGGCGAUUCACAGCGUGUGUUGAGCACAGGUGCGGAUGGAGUUCUGGCUUGCUGGGUCUGGAACUACUCAUCAACAGGUAAUGAAAGGAAAUAUAAUUGUAAUGAUCAACUUGGCGUUACCCUUUUGAAAAUUUAUUACAAUGAUAUAGUUCCCUAUUGUCUACACCACCACCGUCAUUAGGGAGCUUAAGCAACGCCGACGAUGACGGCAACGAGAACGUCAAAAAAGCAAUAGGUCUAUAUUAGCAAAACCACAACUCUGCACGUGUAUCACGCGUCUCUGUACAUUUCUUUGCCGUCGUUGCGCGACCUCCACGUGAAACUGCCUAAAUUCACGUUUUGUGGAGGACGUGAAUACAGGACAACGAUUCUGCAAUUCUUUUCUUAAACAUAGAUAGAGUCCGUUAGAAUUCAUCUCCAGAAAAAAUUCACUAACACUUUACAAAUUGGACGACAUGGAAUAAGAGCGAUGAAUUUUUAAAGAGUGUGAAUUCACGUUUUAAGAGACGUUUUCACCACCGUCGUGGCCGUUGUCGUCGUCGUUGUCCCCGGGGAGGGGUACUUGGGUUAAUUCCCCCCCACCUCGGGCUAUUGUCACAGCUGCCAGCUUCAUCACCCGUACCACCAUUAUCACCACCAUCACCAAGUCGCCUUUGGCUUUAUUGUCUUAAAACAGCAGGACUUGGAUAUGCUUGUCUUGAAUAAAAAGCUUCACCAUCAUAAUCACCACCGUUCUACUCAUAGCCGCCAGCAACAUCACAGUCGCAAUUAUCAUCACCAUAGCCUGAGGAAAUGACGCCACCACUGGUUCCCCCGCAAAAUGACGUCGUAGAAACGAGUGCAGAAAUUCCAUACUGAUGACGUUUCACCAACUGGCCAGUGCUUCUGAUUGGCCAUGUCGCGAGGGAAAUUUGCUUCAACUAAUCAGAAGCACUGUCCAGAUCUGGGUAGUGUCGCGUCCUCAGUAUGGAAUUUCUGCGCCUGUUCCUCAGACGUCAUCUUGCGGAGAAACCAGUGGUGGUGUCGUGAAGUGUCGACCGUUUUAUGUGGCUGUCAUCACCAUCUUAACAUCACCGCCAUUUAUCAUUACAAAAUUUAUUUGUAGGAAGAGGAAAAGCUACUGCCGCCAUAGAUGCUGCGCGUGCACGUACGUCACUAUUGGCCACCACUAGAAAGGAAGAGGACAGUCUGGCGGCUCAGAGGGGAGAUUACAUUCCCAGGCCCCUUUCGCCAGUUGAGAAGGCAAACACUGAGGCGAGUGAGAAACAACAGAAGAUUGUCAAAGACCGAAUUUACACGACCCCCACUCCCACCCCUUCAGAAGAUGCUACGUGGCUUGAGAAGGCCGUCAGUGAGGUAUAAAAAGAAUUGUUUUAACUUAAAAGUGGUGCUUUUAGACUCAGUCUAGAUAAGAUUUUUUUGGUGCAUAGAUGAACACUGAGUCGUUCGAUGCGAGUCGAACUCUUCAGCUUGAAUCAGCUUUUAAACACUAUUUUGUUGUGAUACUGUUUGCUUCAUUGGACCGGUUCUUUCAAACAUUUUCUACGACUGAAAUCACAAGAGCUAAUAACUGAGCAUUAUAUUAUAUCUAUCGGUGGUUCUAGCCUUUGAAUUUUUGUGAAUCAAACGGUAAAGUUAGACUAUUCAGGUGAAAGCUACUCAACAUUACUUUCCUGUAAAGAGUAUCUCUAAUUUUCUGUGGGUAAAAUUUCCUGGAUGGUUUGGCUUUUCCACUGAAAGCUCUAAGAGCGAGAGGUUUUUUUAUCGUACUGGUUGUUUUCCUUUGUCCCACAAACGGCUAGAGCUUCGCGUGGCUCGGAUGACCACUUAGAAAUGGCGGUUCCGUCUUCAAGUAAGAGACGUUAAAGCAAUGUUUUUCAUUGGUUGACACUUGUUGAAUGAAGUGCUCAAUUUUUGUUGUUUGUUUGUCUGUUUUUGGGCAAAGAAAUUUUCAUAAUGAAGUUUAAUUUUUGCUUCUUUUGGGAGUCAGAAGCCAGCCAACCUUUUCCUCUUUGCAAAUCAACCAACACCUUGCAGUGGCGAAUCUAGACCUUCAGGUAAAUGUGGGGCCCUGUCAUCCAGACCCUGGGAUAAGAGGGGGGGAGGGAGGGGUGGUCUCCAAGAAAUUUGUUUCGUGUCUGUUUCGGCCCUUCGGGCCUCAGUUUGGACUAAAAAUAAGGGGGGCGGGUCCUACCGGGCCCCUCCCCUGCAUCUGCCACUGCCUUAUACAACUAAAGCAAGCUUCACUGAACUCGAGGACGGUCCGUGUGUUUCUAUGUCGAUUGAGUUUACCUUAUAGUUUCCUCCUUUCUCAGAGCCAACGUGAAGAGGCCAAAAAAUUCGCCGAAAUUAAACGGAAGUUGCGUCUGGAGAUACAAGAAUUACGUGAGACUGUUCUGCAGAUGAUGAGGGAAAACCAGGAAGCACCGGAACUAGAAAGACUCGACAGGCAUGAGUACAAUUUGGACGUGGAUCAGCGACAGAAACUGGUUUUAGAAGGAGAAGAGAAAAUUAAACAGGUUUGGGCGUCCAACUUUAAAUGGCAAAAACAAUGUCUGACUCUGUGUUUAAAGACAGAAAAAUAUUGGUGAUUUGUUAUCGUUGCUUAUAUUUGUGAACAAGGUUUAUCAUAUGGGUGAAUCCGCGAGCGGGCAAGAUGAUGCGAAUCCUGUGUUCUGAUUGGCUACCCGAGCGGGCAAGAUGGGCCCAUUUUGCCCGCUCGGGAUUUCCCGCGUUGGUCCCGUAAGAAAAAGUUUUUUUUUGGACUUAUAAUAAAUCCUUCAUUGAUUAAGCUUGUUUGGUCAAGAUGGCUGGACAUCGGCCGCGUUUUUUUUGCGUCUUUAUUGACCUUGACUCGCUCCAUAAAAACUCAAAAGACAACUUGACCACAUCCAGCUAUCUUGACCUCUCGCUUGGUCAGUAAUGUAUUUAUUACCUUUUACAUUACAGGUUCGCGAGGAGAUACAACUGGCCAAUCUAGCUAACCAAUACCUACGGGACAUGAUAAAGAAGGAGUGCUGGACCGCUAUGGCUGUAAAAGGACGGUCUGUAAACGCCUUUCAUCUGCCUUUAUCAGUAUCGAACUACCCGAUGAAAGAGCGAACCAAAGCUGAACUCGAAGAUGUUCAAUACGUCACUAACCAGAGGAAAAUAGAAGAAGCGGAAGCUGACUCCAGUAAAAAGGUGGCUUCAAGUCCCACUUCCGCCAGGAACACUCCACUUGUUGGUAAGAACACUUCGACCUGUGCAACAGGUAGAAAGGCAGAUAAAAGGAGAGAUAGACAGACGAACGGACGGACGGACGGACGGACGAAGAGACAGACAGACAGACAGACAAACAGAUAGACAAAACGACGGCCGGACGGAUAAACACACAAACAGAGACGAAAAUCUCCAGUUUCGUGCGAUAGUGCUGUGACCGAGAAUUCCAAACGGCUUCUCUGCUGGGCUUUGAGGAAAUUAUAAUUUAAUCAUCGCAAGGACAUUCCAUAGCUUAUUCCAACAAUUUUGUAUUUGAUUCCUCUACAGAUGAACGCCACGAGUUUGAGGACGAGGAUGCCCUAGCUGACGAUGACGGAGAGACGUCUGGAGACAACCCUGCUACGUCCGGGAGUCGUGGCUCAGCAUAUGGGGGAGGGAACGAGCUUUUCCAGAGCCAAUUUCAGCUUCACACGGUUCAGCAGAAGCUCAACCAAAUUGUCUUGUUACAGGUAAGCAUAGAUCAAAAAAUGAAUCCUAGUGCUAGUCUGGUUCAAUAAAGAGCAAGAAAAGGAGGGGAUAUGAUGGUUUCCAGACCUUAAAAAAGCCACAAUUCAGGGCACUUUCCAUUUGUCAGAACUGACCGGCCAAACCCUUCCCUUCCUAAUGAGAAUCUCACUAUCAAUCAAAACUAUCCAGCCAGAUCGGUCAAAUCCUAAAUAGUGUGAAGGAAGGAGACGGUUUUUCAGCAAAACCCUUGGAAAAAACCGAUUUCAUAGUCAAAAUGACUGGUCCGGCAAUGGUCCGGCCGGCCAGUACUGACAAAUGGAAAGCGCCCCAUUAAUAUCUCGUCAACGGUAGAAGAUUUUUUUACUUUGAAGAAACAAUAGAACUGUUUCAAACAUGGAUUGCAAAAGUUGGUAGAAAGAUCAAGUACCACUGAGCUGUGCAGUUUGAUUUAAUUAUGACUUUUUUUAACGUGUUUCAAGUCUUUCGUAGGUACCCAAACAAAUCUGCCCAUGAAUUUUAGUUAAAUAAUGAAAAAAAUAGUUCAUGUUUUAAAAAUCUCUUUUUCCAUCGUCAAAUCAAGUAUAUUUAUAAGCUUUACUCUAUGGCAGGAUGCCAUUUACAGAAUCAAGGUGGCCUUCAACAAGGAGUUUGACGAUGUUUUCAAACAAAAAGAAGCGGAGAUCAAACGAGUCAGCGAAAAGAACGACCGAAUAAGGAAGAUACUCGGUGACCUGGAGCUUGUCGAGAAGGUUUUUACACCGGUCAUGAGCGUGGACGAGAAGCCAGAGCUGCUGUUAGAAGUCAAAGAUGACGAGGUUCCGUUUGAGAAGUACAUCAGUCCUGAAGAGCAGGCGAAACUCGAAGAACAAGCCCGGAUUGAUGAAGGUUUGUAACAAGGGAUUGAAGGGCUAACAGGGAGCUCUCCAUUUGGGGAUAUCGUGGAAAGUUUCGCGCGAGCGACAUGCGAAAGGAGAAUCGAGAGAGAUGAGCUUUGCCGCUUGCUGAAGCGUUCUCUUGCAGGUUUCCACGCCAUUUGAAAUGGAAAGCGGGCUACGAGGCUCUAAAGUGAUCGAAAACUCAUCAACAUUUAACUUUACGCUUUAGAGACUUUCGCGCGUGAUGGAGACUACUGCUAGACCGCCACGGUCAAAUAAUGGGUCCCUCCUACCAGAAAUUUAUUUGAAGUGGAGCGUCAAAGAAUUCAUUGUAGAGUUGUUGAAAACACCACCCAAAUUCUGAAAAAUCGGAUGUUGUCACUGGAAAUAGACCCAAUAAAUGUUGGUUUAGGGCGCUUCCCAUUUGACAGAACGGUCCGUUGAGAGUACCCUGGUCAGAGAGAGAAUUCCACUAUUAAUCAGGACCAUCCAGCCAGAUAGUAGGCACGGAACAGAUGGGUUUUGCGAACCUUUUGCAGAAAGACUAACAUUUCAUUUUUAAAAUGUCCGCCCGGCUGGUGGCCCUCAAGUGUGGUUUCCAUAUGAUCGUCCCGAUCGGCCGAUGCAUUCGUCUCAAAUAAUUUUCAGGCGAUCGGAACGAUCAUAUGGAAACGCUACCCAGACGAUCGUAAACAACCCUGGCGACUGAGACGACCUCGAUUGCAUUGGAUAGAAUUGAGUGCUAUCCGGACGAUCGAGUAAAUUUGAAGCGAUUAUAAAAAAGGAGCGCAGGUUUUUUGAGAACAAGUGUGCAUGGCGAGUGUUCUGACGAGUUCAGCAAUGAUUAUUAUGCAACAUUUCUUUUCCAUGUAGAGCGAAGGCUAGCUGAGAAAGGGGAUAACGCACGUGAGCGUGCACUGAUGAUGAUGAUGCAGGGGCGACUGGAGGCCAACCCUGAAGACGAACUGAAGAAGGAUCUGGUCCCGCCUGACUUCAUUAUCAACAAACCUCAAGAGGAAUGGAGUGAAGACGACCAAAAAGCUGCCAAGGAGUUUGAGAAGAAGAAGCAACAACUGCAAGAGGAUCGUGAGAAGUAUCGCAAAUCACUGGAGACUGAGCUCAAGAAAUUGCAGAGUGGCAUCUCUGAAGCGACUGCUGUAUUUGAUGAGAAACUGGGCCAGUUGUUUCAGAGGAAAGUCAAGACCGAGAUGGUUAUCUACCAGGUAUGUUGACAGAUAGGUGGGUCAGUUGGUGAGCAGGCAAUUCUUUCUUUAAUCUUGGUGGGUCACCGAGCAGGCAGGCUGCUCCGCCAAUCAAUACGUAGGCAGUAAGAUGGGGAUCGUGACCGGUCUGUGAGUAGGUAGAUAGAAGGAUCAGUUAAACGGUCGCCUUGUAGGAAGGGAGCUCAUUUGGUUGGUUAGAAUGUAGGUAGUAGGACGGUUGGUUGUUACUAGGUCGAUUAGUUAAUUGGUAAGCAGCGGUGUCACACAAGUACCAAAGGACGCUCUGUAGCCAUGGUUGAAUGAAUGCUAUUAUGUCGUAAAUCACUGCCAGCCAUUCGUGCUAGCCUGAGAAAACAGCCAGUCGUGCUGCGAGGGAAAUUUUCUUCAACCAAUUGAAUUUCUGCUUUCGUGCCUCGCACGUCCAUUUCUCGGGGAAAUCAGUGGUGGGGUCGCGAAAUGUCGGCUGUUUUCAAAGGCUAAUCCGUGCUCGUAAGGUUUCGUUGAAUAACUGGCGCAAAUUAUUCUUAUACGCUUAAUUUAACGAUGCUAUUAUCCCCUUCAUAAUUUUUGCAGGAAGAACUCAAGAUCCUUCGCCUGAUGGUGUCAGUAUUAACGGAAGGAGAGCUGGAAAUUCAGGAGACAGAGUUGACUCGCCGCAUGAACGACACCAAAGAUAAAAAGACGCAGACUGCAGGAGCUUUAGCUGAAGCCAAACGAGAAGUGGAUCAGUUCCGUGAUUCCUACGAGAUUGUAUUGGCUGAGGACAAGGCUCUGGAUAAAGCCUUCAAAAAGGAGUUUGCAGACCAGGAUAUGCAUACCGUGGAACAGCUUUAUAAACUCUUCAAGCGAAGGCCCAGGUGAGUUGGUUAAAAUGGAACAGUAAUGCUUCUCGUAGUCUUGACAGUGCUCAAUAAGGUCAAGGGAGUCUACGGGGCUACGGGGUUGGUAUGGUGAAGGGUUGGGCAUAAUGUCCCUCAAGUAGUCUUGGCUGUGCUCAACAAGGUCAAGGGAAUCCAGAGGCGUGGUGCGGAGAACGGUUAGGGAUCUCUGAUUGGAUUAUGUUCCUCAAGAGGCAAUCUCGUUCCCAGGACCUUCAUUCUUUUGGGAUUGAACAGAAAAUGUCCUGGGAGCGAGACUGCUCAAGAAGUGCUCUUGGAGAUAUCGUACGGAUAUCUGUAGAUGACUAGCCGCUUGAGACAUGUAUAAGAUAUGCAGAACUGUUUAACUGUUAAAUUGUGUGGAACGCAGUACUAUCAGCAACUUCACUGACUUGAAAAAGUCAGCCUAGUCAAAAUAAGUAACAAUCUUGCAGUUUGUAAGUGGUGAUAAAUCUACGAUUUGAGAAUGGUAUUUUUUUCUUCAGGGGACAGAAGCAGCUCAAGGCCGCGACUGAAUCGCACGGUGAUCUUCCAGAGAGCGGAAGCCCAUUUGGUCCCAGACCUUCGUCCUCUCGCGCAAAUUCUGAGGCGGUGCGAAGCUUGGAGCGCGCAAUGGACGAGUUAGAUGACGAACAGCACAUGCCCGAAGGUGUGGAACCUGCUGUCUGGCAAAGACUUGUUCAAGCCAGGAGGCAGAAAGUCGAGAGCGAGCAACAGGUUUGAAGAUACGUGUAAUCACAGAGAACAAGCAACAAGUGAAUGUAGUUUAAGUUACGGCUUUUCGUCCCUACUGAGUGGGUGCUUUGAUCUGCAUAUACUUAAGAACAGCUACAAAAUUCAUGUGAGAACAUUUUAAUCUAUGUUGUUUUUUUAUUCGGGGCACAGGUUAAAGCUAAGGCCUUGACAUUGGCUGAAAUGAAUUCCUUCCUGCAAAAACGAACUGAAGAAGAUGAAAAAGUCAACAGAGAGCUGGAAAUCACUCUUCAGGAACUUCAGAGGUAUUGGAAGCAGUUCCCUCUUCACACGUAACUGUUCCUUACUGCUCUUUGUCGCGCGAGAAUUUAUGAGGUCACCAAAUGGCCUCAGGCAUUCCUGUUGGAAGCGAAGGCUAAGCUGCGUUUUCGAGUUUCCUCUUAGCGGUUUAGGAGAAGGGCCAUCGGUCGCUAAGACGCUCCAUAAGAACUUCUCAGGCUUGAGUCCCUGUACAAUCGGCUACUUACGCUAUCAAUCCUGUUGAUGAUAAAUGUUAGUGUUCUAGCGAAACAGUUUGAUUUAAAACAAACCGUUUCCGUAUGAUGACACUUUUAUGCCCCACCAAAACUUCAAAAAUUGUGGACUCUUGGCGUCCAGUAAUGUACGACGGAUUGUGGGAUAUUUUCCUUCCUUUCUCUGCCAGAAAAGCUAACUGGAACUCUUUAAUCAGUGAAAUAAUCUGAUGCAGUUCUUCUUGUUUUGAUUGUUUGUUUGUUUGUUUGUUUUUGAAGGUUGAGAGAUGAAAAAAUGAGGUUUCUUAUUAAUUUAGAAGUACAGUUGUUGCUAAAACAAGGACAGGUUGGUGUUUGCUCCCUUCGCUUACCAAAUUAAUGCUGACUUUAGUUUUAGAUCGGUGACUGCUCAGGUUCAGUCGUUAGAGACAUUACAUUCUAUUUUCUAACAAGUGUUGGCUUGUUUAUUACAGGUGGAGGUCUCUCCGGGCUCGUUCAUCACCGAUUACACAGACAGUGCAUUGAUACACCGCUCUGUUGUUGAGGAUCUUAACGCUCAGAUCACGGUAAACUAUUUUUUUCUCCUUCCUUAAUUUUGUCGACGACGAUGCUGUGUUUCAUAGCUAGUGUUCCAUUUCACGCGCAGUUGAACCGUUCACGCCAAAUCUAUCACAGUUGCUGGAAUAUAAAAUGCUCCUGAUAAUUCCUGUAAAAAGUAGCUCAGUGAUUCACUGUUUUCCGCAGCCCAAACGGGUUUUCGCCUAUACUCCACUAACGCAACAACAACAACACUUUAUUUCACCCCAUAAUAUGCAUAAAAUAAAAAUUUAUAACAAUAGUACAGACAAUGAUAGGGGCGCUGGCUGCCCGAAGUAACCUAAGAGUUAAAAAUGCCAGGUAGCCAGUUAAAAGAAAAAAUGUUCAGAAAUGUUUAGGUCAGGGACACAAGAACAAAGAAAACAGAGAAACACACACAAAUAGUUAAGUAACGCGGCCGGAUUUGCUAAGGAUGUGGCCCGUAGGCUCUUCCUGUACGUUUCUGUUCAAGCUUGUAGUGUCCUUGAAGCCAAAGUGAAUUGAAUCGUUUUUUCUGAGCUUAUUUUUAAUCUCGUAUGACCUUCUUUAGACCUUGGGGAAAGGAAAGAUUGCCACAAUGGAAGACAGUAAAGAGUUCAGGAAAGGAAUUCAUCGACUGGAAUGGUAAACGUGAUGUUGAUUUCAUGAUUAACAUUGAUUCUUUGAAAGUUUGGAAGUCGUCUUGACGAUUUAUUUGAGGCGACUGGAGCGGAAGCAAUGCAGUUGUUAUCGCUGUAUCGGAAAAAGGUUAGACUUUCAAAAAAGUCCUUCGUCGGAUUUCAUAUGGCGACUUAUAUGGAUUUCAUGUGGCCGACCUUUCGCGACUUCGCCGCUCGCGGUCGGCCGCCUCGCCGCCAAACAAGACUCGCUCCGCUCGCCAAGAGGUCGACUUGUAGCACGUCUACAUAAAGGUUUGUCUAGUAUGGUGGAAACGCAGCAUAAAUAAUGCACGCCUUUUUCUUGCUAGGGAACACAAGAAGAUGGACAUGCAGUGCGAAGAUCUUCAGGCCAAGAUUCGUGACAUCCAGCUUCUAAGAGUUACCAAGGAGUUGCAGCAGGUGCGGACGUGUUUUCAGUAACCCAGUGUUUACUCUUUCUCUGAUUACUAAGGAUUUGACCAAGCAUGCGGAACCUGCCGUUGAUGUGAUACGAUAAUAAUUCCUCGUGUUGGACCUGAGUUUGUAAACGAAAACCAAUUUAAACUUUAGCACGUUUCAUGGAAAUCAAUAAAGAGUAGUAGGAGUGACGAUUAGCCACUAUAAGCCCUACCCGGGGUAAAUGGAUUUUACUAGCAGAAAGAAACUGACCGGAAAGAAACGUUUUUUGGGAAAUUCAAAUUACAGAGGAACUAUAUUUAUGAGUAUUUAAGGGACGGUUUCCUUUUUUUCUCUCCAGUUUCUCUCGGAGGGAGACCAGCAAGCGAGGCAGCAGCAAGAGAUCGCUACUCUAGAACAAACGCUUACCUUACAAGAGAAGAUGCAUCAUCGCAAUGUUAAUGAUCGCAAGGAAACUAUAAAGAACAUCAAGAGGUUGAUCCGUCGAAAAGAAAAAGAUAAUGAACAACUGGAUGCUGAUCUAGAGGAACUUGCCUUGUCAGUUGCUGAGCGAAGGAAUGUGAACGAAGCAAAUGGUAAGCAGAGUAUUGUGUUCGCCGAGCAGGGUAUCGUCUUCAGGGUCUUGAGUCUUAAACAGGGUGUAAAGGUUCACUUUUAAGCGUCUUGAUCAGGGUGUCUUUUUUGUACCAGAGGCCUUUAAAAGAGUGUGAUGGUCGUCGAUGAGUGAUCUUUAACAAUUAUUCCUCGAGCCCGAAUGGGACUCAGAGGCCAUGAGGGCGAGAGGAAUAAUUGUUUUAGUAAAAUCCAACUAGUUGGUCAUAAAUAUCGAGACAAAACAACUUUAGUUAGCAAAACGCGAUUCAGCCGCCAUCGUUUUGGUUUUCAAAGCCGGCGCUUUUCGCCACUAGUGGGCUAUAAUACAUAGCCUAGUAGUAGCUCGACCAAUCGGAACGCAGCAUUGAAAAUAGACCACUAGUUGGAUUUUACUAAGCAUUAAUAUUUGUGUACAGUGGAUCCUCGAUAUAACGAACGGCCAAGGAACUGGCAAAAUUUGUUCGCUGUAACGAGGUUUCGUUAUAUCAAGGUUGGUUCUUUUUUACUUUUUCUGGGGUAAAGAAAAUCGUUUGUUAACCGAGGACUUCGUUUUUAGAGGUUCGUUAUAUCGUGGUUCCACUGUAUCCCCAAUUUUUUUUCCAGAAAAAUAGUAUUCCUUGACCUUAGUUAAAAAGAUUACUUUACGCUGUAUGCGAAACAAAAGGGAUAAGGGUCAUCAAAUAAGGUCUCUUGUGUUGUACAAGGUAGCGAAAUGAACUGUUUCGAAAAAUGAAGAUUCACGAACGUUCAACGCUUUUCACUCGUCUGGGCUACAGAAAACAAAAGAAUAUGUCAGAUUUCUGGUCUAAAAAGUGGCCGCGGUCGUUUAAGAAAUUUAAAUAGUGGUCGCUUACGAGAGAGUUUUUGAAACAGUAUUCGACUGAGAAACAAAACGGUUAUUUAAAAAGUAGUCGCUUACGAGGAGUGGUCGCUAUGAGAGAAUUGACUGUACUUAGUAGAACUAAUUGUUUGAACCUUGACAAACAGACUGGGUAUCCCACUAGGACGACCUUGAGAACAAUGACCUCAACCAGGUUGGCGUCCAGCGGUUGUAGUGAGUGGGGUGCGAAGUCUCGCGGGCUCCUAAAACCUGGUCUCGGUCAUUCUUAUUUAAGGAUUUUUAUCCAACUAAACAACCUCACCCACCCCCGCCCCCGCCUCAUUUUCUAAUGGAAGAGCCCUGGGUCGCUACUUCAUGCGGUUUGAAAAAGUUAACGUCGUCAAUGCCAUAUGGUCAAGAAUUUUAAACCUUCGUACUUGAUUAGGGUUUACCGCUUCUCAUAGGCACAUAAUGCUUCCACGUAAUAAGACUACAAAGAACGCACAUAUUGAGCGAAAUGCAAUGUGGGAACCUCUAAUAUGCCACAUUUUCUUCGUUUCUUUACUUUGAUGGGAAGGGGUGAGGGCUUUCUCUGCAUUCUAUGCAUCUCUAAACGAUGCAGAAUUUUAUUCCACGAAAUGAGCACAUGAACUUGACCAACACAUGACAGAUUCGUAUCUUUACUUUUCCUUUUAAUAGCGGCUGGUCGCUCUGACACUGGGGCCGAGCGACGCCUGCAGGAUAUUGUGGCACGACGCAAGUUGGUAGACCUUGCCAAAGCGCAGGCGCAGGAAGUAGCCGUGCUCCGGGCUGAAGUGGAACGAUUGCGUAUGCGCACCUUCCCAGCCCUUGUACAAAUUGAGCAUUAGAAGUUUCCUUGUGCUGUAAAUAGACGACGUUUGGAUUGUGUAUUGGAUGUGUGGUCU